CGCACGGACGCGCGGCCUCGGGGCCCCGGGGACGGCCUGCGUGUCCCGGGCUCGGCGGCCCGGCCUGGGGUCUCGGUCCAGCAGCUGGACAUGGAGAACCAACGGUCAUCACCUCUGUCAUUCCCCAAUGUUCCCCAAGAAGAACCCCUGCGGCAGGCUCCUGCUGGCCUCCCCCGAGAAACUCUGUUCCAGUCCCGCGUUCUUCCCCCCAAAGAAACCCCAUCUUUGUCUCCCGCUGUUCCCCGGCAAGGCUCCCUACCCCAGACUGCUGGUGUCCCCAAGCAAGAGACUUCUGGCCGGAUGCCACGUGUUCUCCAGAAGGGACCUGCACUCCUGUGUCCUGCCACCUCUGAGCAGGAGACUCACCUCCAGGGCACCCUGGCUUCCCAGGAGGAGACCCAGUAUCCUCCCCCAGCUGCUGCUGAUCAAGACGUCUCCCUUCUGUCCCACCCCACCCACCAUCAAGAAGCCCCUCUCCCCUCCCCUGAAGUUCCUGAGAAAGACCGCCUGACCCUGUCCCCCACCGUUCCAGAGACCGACCUGGACCCUCUGCUCCAGAGCCCAGUUUCCCAAAAGGACACCCCCUUCCAGAUCUCGUCUGCAGCCCAGAAGGAACAGCCGCUGCCCACGGCGGAGAUCACCCGCUUGGCCGUGUGGGCUGCCGUCCAGGCGGUGGAGAGGAAACUGGAGGCCCAGGCCAUGCGGCUGCUGACGCUGGAGGGCAGGACAGGGACGAAUGAAAAGAAGAUAGCCGACUGCGAGAAGACGGCCGUGGAGUUCGCCAACCAUCUGGAGAGCAAGUGGGUCGUCCUGGGCACCCUGCUGCAGGAGUACGGGCUGCUGCAGCGGCGCCUGGAAAACAUGGAGAACCUGCUCAAAAACAGAAAUUUCUGGAUCCUGCGGCUGCCUCCCGGCAGCAAUGGAGAAGUUCCCAAGGUCCCCGUGACAUUCGAUGACGUCGCCGUCCAUUUCUCGGAGCAGGAGUGGGGAAACCUGUCUGAGUGGCAGAAGGAGCUCUACAAGAACGUGAUGAGGGGCAACUAUGAGUCUCUGGUUUCCAUGGACUAUGCAAUAUCCAAACCAGACCUCAUGUCACAGAUGGAGCGCGGGGAGAGGCCGGCCAUGCAGGAGCAGGAGGACUCGGAGGAAGGCGAGACGCCUACGGACCCCAGUACUGCCCACGACGGCAUCGUGAUUAAGAUCGAGGUGCAGACCAACGACGAGGGCUCCGAGAGCCUGGAGACUCCUGAGCCCCUGAUGGGACAGGUGGAAGAACACGGCUUUCAGGACUCGGAGCUGGGCGACACCUGUGGAGAGCAGCCAGACCUGGACAUGCAGGAGCAGGAGAACGCGCUCGAGGAGUCUCCGGACGGCUCGGGCGAAUUCAGCGAGCUCAAGCAGAUGCUGGUGCAGCAGAGAAACUGCACAGAGGGCAUCGUGAUCAAGACGGAGGAGCAGGAUGAGGAGGAGGAGGACGACGACGACGACGAGCUGCCGCAGCACCUCCAGGCCCUCGGGCAGCUGUCGGGAAGGUACGACGCCAGCAUCUACCAGACCCCGCUGCCCGGCGAGAUGUCCCCGGAAGGCGAGGAGAGCCCCCCGCCCCUGCAGCUGGGCAACCCGGCCGUGAAGAGGCUGGCGCCGGCGGUGCGCGGCGAGCGGCACCUCGGGGAGGGCCGCGGCUCGGCCAGCCAGCAGCAGCGCAACCGGCGCGGCGAGCGGCCCUUCACCUGCAUGGAGUGCGGCAAGAGCUUCCGGCUGAAGAUCAACCUCAUCAUCCACCAGCGCAACCACAUCAAGGAGGGGCCCUACGAGUGCGCCGAGUGCGAGAUCAGCUUCCGGCACAAGCAGCAGCUCACGCUGCACCAGCGCAUCCACCGCGUGCGCAGCGGCUACGGCUCGCCCGAGCGCGGGCCCGCCUUCAACCCCAAGCACGCGCCGCUCAAGCCGCGCCCCAAGUCGCCCAGCUCCGGCAGCGGCGGCGGCGGCCCCAAGCCCUACAAGUGCCCCGAGUGCGACAGCAGCUUCAGCCACAAGUCGAGCCUGACCAAACACCAGAUCACGCACACGGGCGAGCGGCCCUACACGUGCCCGGAGUGCAAGAAGAGCUUCCGCCUGCACAUCAGCCUGGUGAUCCACCAGCGCGUGCACGCCGGCAAGCACGAGGUCUCCUUCAUCUGCAGCCUGUGCGGCAAGAGCUUCAGCCGCCCGUCGCACCUGCUGCGCCACCAGCGGACUCACACGGGCGAGCGGCCCUUCAAGUGCCCCGAGUGCGAGAAGAGCUUCAGCGAGAAGUCCAAGCUCACCAACCACUGCCGCGUGCACUCGCGCGAGCGGCCGCACGCCUGCCCCGAGUGCGGCAAGAGCUUCAUCCGCAAGCACCACCUGCUGGAGCACCGGCGCAUCCACACGGGCGAGCGGCCCUACCACUGCGCCGAGUGCGGCAAGCGCUUCACGCAGAAGCACCACCUGCUGGAGCACCAGCGCGCGCACACGGGCGAGCGGCCCUACCCCUGCACGCACUGCGCCAAGUGCUUCCGCUACAAGCAGUCGCUCAAGUACCACCUGCGGACCCACACGGGCGAGUGAGCGCGCGCCCCGCCCCGCCUCGGACAGCGCCCGGCGGGCGGGGGCGGGGCGCCCCGGAGCCCUUUUGCUGUGAGCCCCCCUCCCCUUUCGUCCCUUCUCCCCAGGAACUUGGGGGUAGUGAAACCAGGUCGCCCGCUGCCGCGUUUCCCCCGGGCCCGUGGUGGGUGGGGGGAGAGCGCGGGGGCGGGGGCCUGGGGAACCCCUUUCGGGCUGUUAAUUUCCUUGACAAUAAAAUGGAUGAAAUCAAUCAGCACGGGGGGAGUGAUUUGGCCGCCGGCCACUCGGAGGGGCGGUGCAGGGCCCGUUUAGCUGGGGAUAGAACUUUAUAAUUCCCUUUUGGAUACUGUGGUUCUAUUUGAUAAUAAUAAUAGAGUAAU